CAUUCUCUGGCCAAAGCAAAUAUUGACCAUGUCGUUCUUGAGAAGAGGUCAGAAAUAGCUCCACAGGAGGGGGCAUUUAUUGGAAUAUGGCCAAAUGGAGCUCAAGUCCUACAUCAACUCGGGCUUUGGACCAGUCUUGAGAAACUCACUGCGCCUAUCAUCCGUUUCUUGUUUAUCGCGCUUUGCAUUAUACUAAUCUGUUUGUUUAGACUCUUUUACCCGAUUGUUUCUUUGGAUAGACAGAAAGUCCUUGAAAUAUUGUAUCGAGGCUACCCGACGAAGUCCAAGAUACUCACGGAUCAACGAGUGUCAAAAAUAUCACUCCAGCCAAAUAAGGCGAUCGUGUUCACGGACAGCGGGGAAGUGUACCCUGCAGAUCUUGUUGUGGGUGCAGAUGGUGUUCAUAGUCGUGUUCGAUCGGAGAUGUGGCGGCUGGCGGAAGAGAUGGAGCCCGAUUCAAUUCCGUCCAGUGAGAAGAACAGUCUUGCUGUUGAGUAUGUCUGCGUGUUCGGAAUAUCUUCCGCAGUUCCUGGCCUCAAGGCCGGAGAGCAUAUCAACAGAUACGGAGACAGGUUCUCCAUCAUCACAUUCCAUGGAAGAGGCGACCGGAUAUUUUGGUUUAUUAUCGAGAAACUUGAUCAAAAAUACGUUUACCCUAAUGCCCCUCGCUUUACCACCUCCAAAGCUACCGAGCUCUGUGAUAAGUUGGCGGAUGUGCGUCUUCUGGGCGAUAUCUGCGUCAGGGAUCUCUGGAAUAACCGCGUGGUUGCUUCGAUGACAGUACUAGAGGAGGGCAUAUUCAAGACAUGGCAUUUCAAUCGCAUAGCUCUCAUGGGAGACAGUGCUCACAAGAUGACACCCAAUAUUGGACAAGGAGCGAAUACUGCCAUCGAAGACGCAGCUGUCCUCGCAUCCCUCAUUCAUGGCCUUUCCCAAGGAGAUAUUUCGCAUAGCAAAUCGACCAAAGCUAUCGAAAGCAUGCUACAGGAGUAUCAAUCGCUAAGAUAUGGGCGCGCUAUGAGUACAUAUCAGCGAUCCCGGUUCGGCGCUCGGUUCCAUACUCGUGAUGAUUGGGUAAAAAGGUCUGCAGGGCGUUAUAUAUUCCCAUAUAUAGGCCCUUUAAUUGAAAGAGCGACUUCAAAGGUACUCGCCACAGGUGACACGGUUGAUUUCCUCCUCUCCCUGGACGUACUGGGUCUGGAUGGACUUCAAACUCCUCCAAGGCAAAGAAAGAAUCUUGGCUUCGGUGGUACUUUCUCUGGGGAUCUUCGUUGGUUCUUUGCUGGAUCUACUUCAAAUUCUUGGUUCCUCCUGAGCCGAAUCUCUUUUUUUGAUUAG